AUGUUGAAGAACGACAGAUUGGCAACUCUCCAACCAACCUUGCAUCCUACAUCAGAAGAGCUUGCGAUUGGCUCUGUUCGUUUCACAACCUUUGACUUGGGUGGUCACCAACAGGCCAGGAGACUAUGGAGAGACUAUUUCCCAGAAGUGCACGGAAUUGUGUUUUUGGUUGACGCUGCUGAUUCUGAGAGAUUCGAAGAGUCCAAGGCUGAAUUGGAUGCCCUCUUUGCUAUCGAAGAGCUUGCCCAUGUGCCAUUCUUGAUCUUGGGUAACAAGAUCGACUCUCCAAGAGCUGUUUCUGAGAAUGAGAUGAGAAAUGUCCUGGGAUUGUUUGGUACCACCGGAAAGGGCAAAGUGGCCUUGGAAAAGGGAAUCAGACCUGUUGAGGUUUUCAUGUGUUCGGUCGUCAUGAGACAGGGAUAUGGAGAAGGUUUCAGAUGGUUGUCUCAAUAUGUUUAA